UCUUUUCCUUGGCACCUGAAGACACGUUGAGCUGGGUGGUCGGAAUGUCCCCAGGGAUGCAUUCCUGAAGCAGGCCUGGACCAGCACAACAUUUUAUUGGCUCAUGAUCGUGAUCUUUGGGGUGUUAGUGCACUUGAUGCUGGUCCAGAGCACGAGUUUUGUUACACGACAUGGCAUGCGGCAGCUGCGAUCUGUUCGUCAUCACCGUUUGCUUCAAAUCGCUUCGGCGGCAGAAACAUGCACUUCGCUCUGCUCGCGUCAUUGUUGGCUACUACUGGUCACCACUCGCUGUUCAUAGCGUUUGCAUGCUCAAUUCGAAGCAUUUGUUUUGGUUUGCACGCCAUGAGUGACAAAGUGGCAUCAUGGGACGUGCGUUCGGGUUGGCGGAUUCGAACCCGCUGCUGAGGUUGGACCUGGCUUUCGAUCCCUGCACAUGACGACGAUCCUCGGAGGGGCGCUUGUCCCGCCGCGCCCUCGUGGCGGACGCUGCCGCCGCACGGGGUGGCGUGGGCACUGGGGCUCGUUGGCGCAGCGCUGCCGCUCGUCCUGCUGACGGCGCACCAGCGGCACCCGCUGCUCGCCGGCGCGGGGCCUGCGCAGGCAGCCGCGGUUCAGCUGGCGGCGCGCGAGGAUCGUGCAGGAGGCCGCUCUCCUAAGGAGGGGUGCGGAGGGCACCGCGCCCCCCGCGCUGCAGUGCCUGCGCGGGAGAGGAGUCCCGCCCUGGGGCGCGCAGAGGCGACGGCCACAGCUUCGGCCGCGCUGCAGCCAAUCAAGCUCGAGGAGACGUUCGGCGUCCAGCUCAAGGCUGGCCACGAGCGCGCCAUGACUGCACCGCAGGUUCCGGCACGCGCACCGGGCGGGUGCGACGUGUUCGACGGGUGGCGUAAGAGCUACGCCAGCGGCGAGGGCGUGUCCCUCGACUUGGAUGGCAGAGUUUACGGAGAGCCCGCGGGCAGUUGGGGGAGCUGCCUCGAGCUGUGCGGCCGCAGCCCCGAGUGCCAGCAGGUCGUCUUCCACAAGGAGACCAAGGCCUGCUUCCCAACCAGCUCAGCCGGGGAUGAAGACAUCCAGCUACGGCAGGGGCGGAGACAACGAGCUCUACAUCUCUGCACACUGUAACGGCGCCCAGGCGACGCGGCCAGACCCCGCGGACCCCGCGGCUCCAGGCGGCGCCCCAGAGCCCCCGCCGGCGCCCCCCGACCCGCCGCCGCCGCCGCGGGAGCCUGCCGACGCCCCCGCGGAGCCGCCCACCUCACUGUUCUGCUUCUCGCUGCUGGCGCCCUGGACGGACGACGGGGCCCUGCUGGAGCUGCAGCUGGCGCGGCGCGCGGGCAUCUUCGAGUGCGAGGAGACAGCCGUGUACAGCAAUCCGGCCGAGCGGUACGGCAGCGUGGACACGAAGCUCGUAGACAUCGACUUGCAUUGCGAAAGGGGCGGCCUCUGGGAUACCCUGAUGAACACGCCAGUCUUCGUAAAGCUUUGGGCCACCAUCCUGGAGGACGGCCAGUACAGCCAGCACGCGUGGACUGUCAAGGCCGACGCGGACACCGUCUUCCUGCCCGGCAGGCUGCGCGCCAUCCUGGGCUCACAGGUGGACCCCGGCGCCGCUGAGGCCGGCAGCGGCCUCUUCCUGAACAACUGCAUGUUCGGCCUCCACGGGCCCCUGGAGGUGGUGUCCAGGCGUGCGCUCGAGGUCCGCCGCGACGCCCACGUGAGGCUGCCAGUUGAGGAGGACGUCUACAUCCGAUCAUGCUUGCAGCAGUUGGGCGUCCCUCAGAAGGAUGUGUUCGACAUCCUCGACGAGCUGGACUGUCGCCGCGACGGAGUCGUGCAGUCGCCAGACUGGCACGACUGCGCGUCGGGCCACGCGGCGUUCCACCCCUUCAAGACAGCGCAGGAGUACGGGGAGUGCCUCGACCGCGCCCAGAGCUAGCGCCCCAGCGGCCGCGCCCAGCGGUCGCGGGGGCUGGGCGCGGCCUUCGCUGGCUCCACAGCCGCGAAGGCCGUCUCGCCGGAGCUGCGCCGGGCGGGGCCUGGGGGGGGCAGGGGCCGAGGCCCGCGGUCGGGGCCCGGCCGCGGGUCGGUCGCGAGGUCGGGAGGCAGCGUCGCGCGCCCCAGAAAAGUCGACGGCGGCAUUCGCGGCGAUAUAACUUGUUAUCUCUUUCUCUCUCUCUCUCUCUUUCUCUUGCUCUUGCUCUCUCUCUCUCUCUCUCUCUCUCUCUCUCUC